CUCCGCCUUUUCUGUCUUCUAUGGGUUCACAAAGCAUUUGCCGACGUCCAAGAACCCACCUUUAGUUCCUUUUUGGGCACUACAAAGGACUUGGCAGACGUCCAGAAAUCCGCCUCCUUUUCUUAAUACGGCUGCACAAAGGACUUGUCAACCUUCACAGACACCACCCAUUUAGCCAAAUAAGGUUAUUCACUCCUUAUACGGCGAACAAUCGACCACCUCGGAUCCCUUUCCCUUCCUUAUCCAGUUUAUAUGGUACGGUGACUUCCGCUGUUGCUGUAAAAGCAGUGCGAUCAUGGCGGAGCGCGUUCAGCAGCCCCCCGCUAAACGGCUCUGCUGCCGACCCGGCUACAACCCGGCGUGCAGACAGGGCCAGCGGGCUGGAGGAGCGGCGUGCGGCGGUCCGGGUACUGCCCAAGGGGGAUCGGGCAAAACUCAGAGCCCGGAGUCGCUGCUGGACAUCGCGGCUAGGAAAGUAGCGGAGAAGUGGCCGUUUCAGAGGGUGGAAGAGCGUUUUGAAAGAAUCCCGGAGCCUGUCCAAAGGAGGAUCGUCUACUGGUCAUUCCCGAGGAGCGAACGGGAGAUCUGCAUGUAUUCUUCCUUCAACACAGGCGGUGAGGAGAGCGGAGCUACCGGGGAAAACAGCGACGAGACCCGACUACCUUUCAGACGGGGGAUCGCUUUGCUUGAGAGUGGCUGCGUAGACAACGUUCUGCAAGUCGGGUUUCACCUGAGUGGUACAGUGACAGAACCAGCUUCCCAGUCGGAGCCAGAGAUCGUGUGCAACGUUGCUAUCAGCUUUGAUCGCUGCAAGAUUACCUCCGUUACCUGUAGCUGUGGCAACAAGGACAUCUUUUACUGUGCGCAUGUCGUAGCACUCUCCUUAUACCGGAUCCGCAAGCCGGAUCAGGUCAAACUGCAUCUUCCCAUUUCAGAGACGCUAUUUCAAAUGAACAGAGACCAACUACAGAAAUUUGUACAGUAUUUAAUCACGGUGCACCACACAGAGGUUCUACCCACUGCCCAGAAACUAGCAGAUGAGAUUCUCUCUCAGAACUCUGAGAUUAAUCAAGUACAUGGUGCCCCCGAUCCCACAGCGGGUGCCAGUAUCGAUGAUGAGAACUGUUGGCAUCUGGAUGAGGAGCAGGUCCAGGAACAGGUUAAACUUUUCCUCUCCCAGGGUGGAUACCAUGGAUCUGGGAAGCAGCUCAACCUGCUGUUUGCAAAGGUGCGAGAAAUGUUGAAGAUGAGGGACUCAAAUGGUGCUCGCAUGUUAACGCUGAUAACAGAGCAGUUCAUGGCUGACCCCCGUCUGUCUCUAUGGAGACAGCAAGGCACUACCAUGACUGACAAGUACAGGCAGCUCUGGGACGAACUAGGUGCCCUGUGGAUGUGUAUAGUCUUAAAUCCUCACUGCAAGCCGGAACAGAAGACAUGCUGGCUGAAGCAGCUGAAAAAGUGGAACAGUGUGGAUGUUUGUCCCUGGGAAGAUGGAAACCAUGGAAAUGAGCUGCCCAAUUUAACCAAUGCCUUGCCUCAGGGUGCAAAUGCUAACCAAGAUUUAGCUAGCAGGCCUCACCGGACUGUUUUCACACGAGCCAUCGAAGCGUGCGAUCUCCAUUGGCAGGACAGCCACUUGCAGCACAUUAUCAGCAGUGACCUCUACACCAACUACUGUUACCAUGACAACACUGAAACUUCACUCUUUGACACUCGCGGUUGGCCCCUGUGGCACGAACAUGUCCCCACAGCUUGUGCGAGAGUGGAUGCACUGAGAUCUCACGGUUACCCCAGAGAAGCACUGAGGCUGGCAAUCGGUAUUGUCAACACCUUACGACGGCAACAGCAGAAACAGCUGGAGAUGUUCCGAGGACACAAGAAAGAGCUUCUUCAUAAAGGGAUAACCUCAAUCACCAAUCUAGAGGGCUGGGUCGGCCACCCCCUGGAUCCCAUUGGCACUCUCUUUAGCACUCUGAUGGAGACGUGCAGAGAGGAUGAGGACUGCACUCCCGGCUUUUCUAACUUUACAGGUACCAUGGGGCAGUCCAAGUCUCUGGACUACCAGCACUUCCCAAUGCACCGGUUCCUCGAGGAGGGCGAGUCCUACCUGACGCUGGCAGUGGAGAUCGCACUCAUAGGCUUGGGGCAGCAGCGGAUCAUGCCCGAUGGCCUGUAUGCGCAGGAGAAGGUGUGUCGCAACGAAGAGCAGCUCAUCGCCAAGCUGCAGGAAAUCGACCUCGACGACACACUGGUCAAGAUUUUCCGAAAACAAGCCGUCUUCCUUUUAGAAGGUGGGCCAUACAGUGGUCUUGGGGAGCUCAUUUACAGAGAGAGCGUUCCAAUGCACACCUUUGCCAAGUAUCUCUUCACCUCUCUCCUACCUCAUGAUGCUGAAUUGGCAUACAAAAUUGCACUGAGAGCAAUGCGGUUACCAGUAUUGGAAUCUACAGCUCCAAUGGGAGACAUGUCCCGGCCUCACCACAUUGCAUCUGUCGUUCCAAACCGGUAUCCCCGCUGGUUCACCCUGAGCCACAUUGAGUCUCAGCAGUGUGAGCUGGCAUCGACCAUGCUAACAGCAGCCAAAGGUGAUGGUCGGAGGCUAGAAACAGUGUUAGAAUCCAUCCAGAAAAAUAUCCACUCCUCAUCACACAUCUUCAAACUCGCCCAGGACGCAUUUAAAAUCGCAACUCUCAUGGACAGUUUACCAGAUAUCACCCUGCUGAAAGUAUCUCUGGAGCUGGGUCUUCAGGUAAUGAGAAUGACGUUGUCAACGUUAAACUGGCGACGUCGAGAGAUGGUGAGGUGGUUAGUAACUUGUGCCACAGAAGUAGGGGUUUAUGCAUUAGACAGCAUUAUGCAGAGCUGGUUCACGCUUUUCACUCCCACGGAGGCCACCAGUAUUGUUGCCACGACAGUGAUGUCCAACAGCACCAUCGUGCGGCUGCACCUUGACUGCCACCAGCAGGAGAACCUAGCGAGCAGCGCGCGAACCCUGGCCCUGCAGUGCGCAAUGAAGGACCCCCAGAACUGUGCGCUGUCCGCUCUCACCCUGUGUGAGAAGGACCACAUCGCCUUCGAGACGGCCUACCAGAUAGUGUUGGAUGCUGCCACCACGGGCAUGAGCUACACCCAGCUCUUCACGAUUGCGCGAUACAUGGAGCACCGCGGCUACCCCAUGCGGGCUUACAAGCUGGCCACUUUGGCCAUGACUCAUCUCAACCUGAGCUACAAUCAGGACACGCACCCUGCCAUUAACGAUGUGCUGUGGGCCUGCGCGCUGAGCCACUCCCUGGGCAAAAAUGAACUCGCAGCCAUCAUCCCCCUGGUGGUCAAAAGUGUCAAGUGCGCCACCGUGUUGUCGGACAUUUUGCGGCGGUGCACGCUGACCACGCCUGGCAUGGUGGCACUUCAUGGGCGCAGGAACUCUGGGAAGUUAAUGUCACUGGACAAAGCCCCACUAAGACAGUUGCUAGAUGCCACGAUUGGGGCUUACAUUAACACCACGCACUCUCGGCUCACACACAUCAGCCCCCGGCACUAUAGCGAAUUUAUUGAGUUCCUUAGCAAGGCCAGAGAGACCUUCUUAAUGGCUCACGACGGACACAUUCAGUUCACACAGUUUAUCGACAACCUAAAACAGAUUUACAAAGGCAAAAAGAAACUGAUGAUGUUGGUCCGGGAGAGAUUCGGUUGACGGAGUUCACGUCUCGUUCUUUUUACUUGAGCCUGCCUUUGUACCCUUUUUAACUUAAAUAUGAAAAAAAAAAAAAAAAAAAAAAACAAUUAACAGAGCCACACCGGUAUUAUAUGUGUAAAAAACUGUUUAGUUUGCAAAAAAAAGAAAAUUGUCAUGUUGUGAAAGUUUGUGUGUUUUCUUUUAUUUGUAUGAGAGAGAGAGAGAAAGAGGUUAAAGAGAAACGUUUUGGUUUACACUGAGUAUAUGUUGUCAAGUGGCAAAAGCCCACAUAGCUCUCCUGUUCUUUCUGUAUACAUUCACAGCCUCAAAGAUGAAAAAUAUGGCUUUAAACCAAACGAAACACCUCCAUCCUAAGUGACAAGUACCUCGUAUGGAUUCAGCUUUACUCCUUCGUAAUUCACCCUUGCAUUUCAGUGUAUUUAAAGAGCAAGAAAAGAAUACAGGUAAAUAAAUGAAUAAGUAAACAAAUACAUAGACAUAAAUAAAUUAAACAAAACAAGAAAAAGAUCUAAUCAAAUCCAAGGCUGACCAUGUGGCUUUGCAGUGCUGUUCAUCCAGAAGCAUGGCACACAGUGCUUGUGCAUGUGGAAACUUAGCGACUGUCAACAUACAUUCUCAGGGAUUUCUCGAAAAAAAAAAAAAUUACAUAAAAAAAAAAAAAGAAUGAAAGCAUUUAUUGUACUGUAUAUAUUAUAGUAUAUGUCUGAAUAUUGAAAAACAAAAAGUAUACGUUAACUAAUUUAUAAAGAAUAUUCUAUGUAAUGCAAAAUACUUGAAGCUGCAGUAGCUUGGUUUUAAACAAAACAUAUCAGAAGGACUCAAGUGCGCCUUGCUUCAGGGUUGGCUCAGGUGGUUAAUUUAUAUGCUGGGCAUCUAUGCAGAGCCACCUAUUCAAUUGCAUGAUUGGACUGGUAUCUAUUUAAAACAAAUAAAACAAUAAAUAUAUAUAUAUGCUUGUGAUGGGCAACACAGAUAAGAUGGACAACAAAUAUAAAGCCAGAGCAGCAAGCCUUAGCAUUAAGAAUACAGUAGGGCAGAAUUAGGCUUUGUGCCUACUAGCCUAGAAAUAUUGAAUUGGAAAAACAAACAAACAAAAAAAUCUUUUAACAAAAGUAAAAUAAAUAAUUUGGCCUGACCGCAUUAACGUCUUUUCCGCAGUGAUCUGAGUCUCUAAGCUCCAUUUGUGCACAACAACAUUUACAUAUAUAUUCUGCUGAUAUCUUGACUGUGCAGGACAGAAAGUUGCUGUGUAGGUCUGACUGUUCUAUCUUUUUUUUCUUUUUUUUAAGUUUUUCAUUUUCUCUAGAAUUCCACAAACAAGAACAGCCUUCCUAUCUUGCCUUGUCUUAAUGCUUUAAAAUAACCAAACUGGAGAUCUAACUACCAAACUUGUUCAUUAAAUGAAAGCCAACCAACUUUGGUUCCAACCUAGUGUCUUUUAAUUUAGCUGAAUGGUUCUGUAUCUUGUGCUUUAUAAAGCAGUUUUAUUAUGUUUUUUGUGCAAAAAGUUGUCUAGUGUCUCUUGUUCCCUUCAUUAGAGAACUUGCUUGAGGUAUGUUUGUAGUUUUUUUGUUUAGGAAAAAUCAUGCUCUCCAUUUUAUUUAUUAUAAUAGGUAAGAUUGUACUUCAUCACCCGUGUAAACAUGCUCAUGAAGUUGAAAUUAAGAUUUGAUACACUGAUAUCAAUUUAUUUAUGUAACUAAAUCACUGUUUUAUAAACUUGUUAAUGAUUCAACAAUUUUUUUGUUUCAAUUAAAAUUAGUUUUUUGAAAGGUA